UGCAGCCAUUUCCGGUUUCGGGGAGGUGGGUGCGGUGUGGAGCGGGAGUUGGCGCCGCAGCCGCCUCCAGAGCCUGUCGUGCUACCGGGUGCUGCCGGGACGAUGCGGCCGGAGCCUGGCGGCUGCUGCUGCCGCCGCCCGCUACGGGCGAACGGCUGCGUGAAGAACGGGGAAGUGAGGAACGGGUACGUGAAGAGCAGCACCGCCACUGCCGCGGCUGCCGGCCAGAUUCAUCAUGUUACAGAAAACGGAGGACUUUAUAAAAGACCGUUUAAUGAAGUUUUUGAAGAAACACCCAUGCUGGUUGCCGUGCUCACAUAUGUGGGGUAUGGCGUGCUCACUCUCUUUGGAUAUCUUCGAGAUUUCUUGAGGCAUUGGAGAAUUGAAAAAUGCCACCAUGCAACAGAAAGAGAAGAACAAAAGGACUUUGUGUCAUUGUAUCAGGAUUUUGAAAACUUCUAUACAAGAAACCUCUACAUGAGGAUAAGAGACAACUGGAACCGACCUAUUUGUAGUGUGCCUGGAGCCAGGGUGGACAUCAUGGAGAGACAGUCCCAUGACUACAACUGGUCGUUCAAGUACACAGGGAAUAUAAUUAAAGGUGUUAUAAACAUGGGUUCCUACAACUAUCUUGGAUUUGCGAGGAACACUGGAUCAUGUCAGGAAGCAGCUGCUGAAGUUCUCAAGGAGUAUGGAGCUGGAGUGUGCAGCACUCGCCAAGAGAUUGGAAACCUGGACAAGCAUGAAGAACUAGAGAAACUGGUAGCAAGGUUCUUGGGCGUGGAAGCUGCUAUGACCUAUGGCAUGGGAUUUGCCACAAAUUCAAUGAACAUUCCUGCUCUUGUUGGCAAAGGUUGUCUGAUUCUGAGUGAUGAACUGAACCAUGCAUCACUGGUUCUAGGAGCCAGGCUGUCGGGAGCAACCAUUCGAAUCUUCAAACACAACAAUAUGCAAAGCUUGGAGAAGCUUUUGAAAGAUGCCAUUGUUUAUGGUCAGCCUCGGACAAGAAGGCCCUGGAAGAAAAUCCUAAUCCUGGUGGAAGGCAUAUAUAGCAUGGAAGGGUCUAUUGUUCGCCUUCCUGAAGUGAUUGCUCUCAAGAAGAAGUACAAGGCGUACUUGUAUCUGGAUGAGGCACACAGCAUUGGGGCCCUUGGUCCUUCAGGGCGAGGUGUGGUAGACUACUUUGGCCUGGAUCCCGAGGAUGUAGAUGUUAUGAUGGGAACAUUCACAAAGAGCUUCGGUGCUUCUGGAGGAUACAUUGGAGGCAAGAAGGCACUGAUAGACUAUCUGCGUACACAUUCUCACAGUGCUGUGUAUGCCACGUCGAUGUCACCACCUGUGAUGGAGCAGAUCAUCACCUCCAUGAAGUGUAUUAUGGGGCAGGAUGGCACCAGCCUUGGCAAAGAAUGUGUACAACAGUUGGCUGAGAACACCAGGUAUUUCAGGAGACGCCUGAAAGAAAUGGGAUUCAUCAUCUAUGGCAAUGAAGACUCCCCGGUGGUGCCUUUGAUGCUCUACAUGCCGGCCAAAAUUGGUGCCUUUGGGCGGGAGAUGCUGAAGCGGAACAUUGGUGUAGUUGUGGUGGGAUUUCCUGCUACCCCAAUCAUUGAGUCCAGAGCCAGAUUUUGCCUGUCAGCAGCUCAUACCAAAGAAAUACUUGAUACGGCUUUAAAGGAGAUAGAUGAAGUCGGGGACCUGCUGCAGCUGAAGUACUCACGACGUCGGUUGGUGCCUCUGUUGGACAGGCCCUUUGAUGAGACGACCUAUGAGGAGACAGAAGACUGAGCCUUUUUGGUGCUCCCUAGAGGGGGAAACUCCCUCCCAGGACAGUGUGUGGCCUUUCUGAGCCAGUUCCAGGAACCACACUUCAGUGACCACCUCAUGUGAAAGACAUUUCUGAAACUACUGAAGGUGGCCACCUCCACUCCAAAUGGCAUUUUGUAAAUAGUAAAAAAACAAACUGCUUCACAUUCUUCCUUUGUUUGCUAAGUCUCACCUUUAUAUACAUAUAAAUGAUUACUUUGCCCAUUAAAAAAUGUUUUAUUUUA